AUGGAUGAUGAUAUGAGAUACGACAGGCCAGAGAAAGGUAAGGAAGACUUUUCAUACUCAAAUAUCCUGGAUGAUGAAGAAGAAUUUGAUGACACAGAAAUCGAAACACCAGUUCGUCUCGUAUCGACCACUCGUCUAGAUCUUGGGCGCUUUGAUUUACCAGCACCUCAACCCCAAAGAUCUGGCACUACCAAUUAUACCAAAUUUCGAACUUUGAGGAGAAGCCCUCUUCGUAAUCCUCCUAUAGUUGCAUCGGAGUCGGCGGCUGACAAAACAUCAACCAAAACCGAUAAGCCAGCUGUUAACGGGAUUAGCAAAAUCACCCACGAGAAAGAGUUGCCCCAUUCUCCUCCCUCCAAUUUGAAAUUUAAUAAUAGUGCACUCUCACCACCAGCUGCUAAGAAGUUGGGAUUGAUAUUAGAGCCACUGGAAGAACAACGACCAAGAAAGCAAAUUCGAAAAAUGCUCGAACGGGCGUCGUCUGAUAUUACUGAAGAACCUUCAUUCCAUAAACCUGAUCCGAUACAGACAGAUGGAUCUGACAACCGCGGAACCCAGCUGCCAGGUGUGCUUGCUGAUGUAUCAAGAGAAAUCAUAAUUGAAAAAGUAAACGACACUAUUAAUUCGUUAAUGCAGAGCAAAAAUAAGAAACCACAUAUUAAAGUCAAUGCAGAUGUGAAAAUUCCACCCAUAGAAACCAAAAACGACGAGAUAUCUUCAGAGGAGGAACCAGAAUUACAAGUUCAUCAUUGGUCAGACAUGCCAGAAAUGUUGGGAGUUUCCACCCCACUUGUGGAAAGACCCUCAAGAAAAAGAAACAGAUCAUCAAUUGAAGAUCCAGUUACUACUCUUGAUACAGGCUACAAGCAUACAACAACACAUUCGAACUGGUGGCCCAGGUCUAAAUGGGACAAGUUGUUGAAAAUCGUUCUUCUGAAACAUAUUGACAGAGAAGAAGCAAUCAACAGCCCAUUAUUAAUGUCUGAAUUGGGUUGCAAGAGCAGAGUCGAGCUAGAAAACAGGUACGACUUUCUUGUACACUAUAAACUUAAAGCGUACAAUGGUCAUGGAAAUAACGGAAGAGCUAGUGGUCGUUCUCAGCAUUAG